AUGUACCUCGCUACACUGCUUCUUGGGCCUCUCACGGUUGCCGCAUCUCUCGUGCCAUACGAUAAAUAUAUCUUAGCCCCAAAGACCCGAGACUUAGUUCCGACCUCCAUUCAUAAUGUCAACGGCUCAGUGACCAACGCCAUCUCUUUGACUCGCCCGUCGGGAAAUGCCACCUUCCAUGGGGUUUCAUCGGUCACGUAUGAUUUCGGGAUCAAUGUGGCCGGCCUGGUCUCCUUGGAUGUCGGGAGUGCCUCGUCUUCUGCUGCCUUCUUGGGUGUCACUUUCUCCGAGUCAAGCCUGUGGGUCAAUGAGCUAGCCAGUGACGCCACUGGCGACUCUGGCUUGGAUACGCCACUCUGGUUCCCAGUGGGCAAGGGACCAGGAGAGUACAAGCCGGAGGAGAAGCACAUUCGGGGUGGGUUCCGCUACCUCACGAUAGUGAGCAACACGACUGCCACUGUUCAGGUCAAUGGAGUCCGAGUCAACUACACCGCAGCUCCUGACCAAGAUCUUCGUGCCUACACUGGCUACUUCCACUCCGACGAUGAGUUGAUCAACAAGAUCUGGUAUGCGGGUGCCUACACUAAUCAGAUUUGCACGAUCGACCCCAAGCAAGGCAAUUCGCUGGUGCACUUGAUGGACGACAGCUCAACUGAGAUUGAAUUGCCGGAAACCGCCACCUGGUGGAACAACUAUACCAUUACAAACGGGAGCAGCACAAUCACCGACGGUGCAAAGCGCGAUCGUCUCGUGUGGCCCGGUGAUAUGUCAAUUGCUCUGGAAUCCAUUGCUGUCAGUACCGGUGACCUGUACAGUGUUCGCACUGCUCUAGAGUCUCUUUUUGUCCUGCAGAAGGCUGAUGGCCGUCUGCCCUAUGCUGGAAAACCAUUCUUCGACGCUGCAAGUUACACUUACCACCUGCACAGUUUGAUCGGUGCUUCCUAUCUGUAUCGCUUCUCGGGCGACAAGAAAUGGCUUACGCAACACUGGUCCCAGUAUAAGCGCGGUGUGCAGUGGGCCAUCUCGAGCGUGGAUAGCACAGGUCUCGCGAAUAUCACCGCUAAAAGUGACUGGUUGCGGUUUGGAAUGGGAGGCCACAACGUCGAAGCAAACGCCAUUUUAUACUACGUCCUUCAAGACGCCCAGACGCUUGCAGGCGAGCUCCGGGACACAUCUUCCGCUGCCAAAUGGAAGCGCAUCGCAGAAAAAAUCAAGAUCGCCGCCAACAAGAAACUUUGGGACGACGAGAACGGACUUUACACUGACAACCAGACGACAACUCUUCAUCCCCAAGAUGGAAACGCAUGGGCUAUCAAAGCAAACCUUACAGAUUCGGCCAAGCGAAGCACCAUCGUGUCCAACGCCUUGAAGGCACGAUGGGGCAAGUAUGGCGCACCAGCACCCGAGGCUGGUAAAACAGUCUCGCCAUUCAUCAGCGGCUUUGAGCUGCAAGCCCACUUCCUAGCUAACAAGCCCAACUCGGCCUUGGAUUUGAUUCGCCUCCAGUGGGGCUUCAUGCUGAACGAUCCCCGAAUGACUCAGUCGACUUUCAUUGAAGGCUAUUCAACGGACGGGUCUCUCCAUUAUGCUCCUUACUCUAAUGAUCCUCGAGUCUCCCAUGCUCAUGGAUGGUCUACGGGCCCAACAUAUGCCCUGACUGCAUAUGCGGCUGGCAUUCAGCUCAUUGGAGCCAGUGGCUCUACAUGGAGCUUUACACCGCAGCCAGGGAACUUGACCUUUAUCGAUGCGGGCUUCACAACCUCACUUGGGAAGUUCGCGGCCAAAUUCCGUACAUCUGGUGGCAAGUUUGUCCAACUGUCUUUCGCCGCUCCAUCUAACACUACCGGGAGUGUGUCCUUGCCGGGGACCAAAGGCACAUUGGUGUCUAAGAGGGGCAAACGGGUUGUACUAUCUAAUGGCUCAGCUACUGGCUUGAGUGGGGGUACUUGGGAGUUACACGUUUAA